AGGCGGUGGUCCACACCCGCCCGGGGAGGAAGAUGUCAAACGUACGAGUAUCUAACGGGAGCCCGAGCCUGGAGAGGAUGGACGCCAGACAAGCGGAGCACCCCAAGCCCUCCGCCUGCAGAAACCUCUUCGGCCCGGUCAAUCACGAAGAGCUCACCCGGGACUUGGAGAAGCACUGCCGAGAUAUGGAAGAAGCGAGUCAGCGCAAGUGGAAUUUCGACUUUCAGAAUCACAAGCCCCUGGAAGGCAGAUACCAGUGGCAGGAGGUGGACAAGGGCAGCUUGCCGGAGUUCUACUACAGACCCCCGCGCCCCCCCAAGGGCGCCUGCAAGGUGCCGGCGCAGGAGAGCCAGGAUGUCAGCGGGAGCCGCCAGGCGGUGCCUUCAAUUGGGUCCCAGGCAAACUCUGAGGACCGGCAUUUGGUGGAGCAAAUGCCUGAUCCGACGGACAGUCCAGCGGGGUUAGCGGAGCAGUGCCCAGGGAUGAGGAAGCGACCUGCUGCAGACGAUUCUUCUUCGCAAAACAAAAGGGCCAACAGAACAGAAGAAAAUGUUUCAGACGGUUCCCUGAACGCUGGCUCUGUGGAGCAGACGCCCAAGAAGCCCGGCCUCCGAAGACACCAGACGUAAACAGCUCCAAACAGCUCCGAAUUAAGAAUAUUUCCUUGUUUAUUAGAUACAUCACUGCUUUAUGAAGCAAGGAAGAUAUACAUG